GCCCCAGAGCACGCACAAGAGUUGUAUGAAAUGACGUGGAAUUUGUAACUUGCCUACAAGCGCGAUAUCAAAGUGCGCAUGAUUUCGAGAGUAUUUAAUAAAACGAGCUACUCUAGUCUUUAUUGAAGUUUCAAGUUUAAAUGUGCUUAUAGUCAUAGUUUGCUACCAAACAUGAUUGUUUCUAGUGUCAGUUAGCUAACAGUAGCUUCUGCUAACUACGACAACUAAAUUGAGAAGUGUUCACGGAAGCAGAGCUAGCUAGCCCAAGUGACAGAGCUCCUACUAGCUAGGAUCUUCUGGUUCUCUAUCGAUAGCUACGUUAUAUGGCUACAGCAAGAUGACUUCAACAACCACUUCGACGGGAACGUCUUGAGACUGGACUCGAGACGUAUCACUGAUUAGCCAAUGAUUGACACGGUGUUGAAGCGAAUGCUCAUCAGUAGUUUUUUAGCUAGCAUGCUAGGUAGCUACUUCCAACGACGCCGGAACCCGCAUUUAUAAGCCUACCCAGUUAAGUGGUUUGCGCUCGAGACUAACGUUAGUUAGCUGUAGUUGAAGCUAACUAGCCGUUUGUAUUGUAAGGACAAGAGCAAGCUGUCAAGAUGGGUUCGUUGUUCCGAAGUGAAGAGAUGUGUUUGGCCCAGAUGUUUCUGCAGUCUGGAUCGGCAUAUGACUGCAUUAGCGAACUGGGAGAAAUAGGUCUGGUGGAAUUCAGAGACCUCAACCCCAGCGUAAACCUAUUCCAGCGGAAGUUUGUCACUGAGAUAAAACGAUGUGAGGAAAUGGAGAGAAUUCUAGGGUACCUUCUAAGGGAAAUCAAGAGAGCAGACAUCCCACUUCCAGAGGGAGAAGUGAACCCGAUUGCACCCCAGCCCAAGCAUGUCCUGGUUAUAAUGGAGCAGUUGCAGAGGCUGGAGGUGGAGCUGAGCGAGGUGACCAGGAAUAAGGAGAAGCUACAGAAGAACCUCCUGGAGCUGACCGAGUACACACACAUGCUGCGCAUCACACGCAACUUUGUGCACCGCAGCACAGAACGUGAGCCCCUGCACGCCCAGCAUGAGGAGUUCUCCUUCCUAGAGGACUCCAUGAUGGAGUACACCAGCAUGCAGCGGCUAGGAGCCAAAUUAGGGUUUAUAUCAGGGCUGAUUCAGAGGGUGAAGAUAGAGGCCUUUGAGCGCAUGCUGUGGAGAGUGUGUAAGGGCUACACCAUUCUUAGCUACUCUGAAAUUGACGAGUAUUUGGAGGACCCUGACACGGGUGAGCCAACUAAGAGUGUGGUGUUUCUCGUCUCCUAUUGGGGUGAGCAGAUCGGACAGAAAGUCAAGAAGAUCUGUGACUGCUACCACUGUCACGUGUAUCCAUACCCUAACAGCAAUGAGGAGAGGAAUGACGUUGUGGAGGGACUCAGGACUCGCAUCCAGGACCUGCACACUGUUCUCCAUAGGACAGAAGACUACCUGAGACAGGUGUUGAACAAGGCCUCUGAGUCUGUCUACACCUGGGUCAUCCAGGUCAAGAAGAUGAAGGCCAUCUACUACAUCCUCAACCUGUGCAGCUUUGACGUCACUAACAAGUGUCUGAUAGCCGAGGUGUGGUGCCCUGUCAACGACCUGUCGACCCUGCGGCGGGCGCUAGAGGAAGGCUCGAGGAAAAGUGGAGCCACAGUGCCUUCUUUUGUCAACCGUAUCCCCAGCAAUGACACUCCGCCCACCCUGAUAAGGACCAACAAGUUCACCUCAGGCUUCCAGAGCAUAGUGGAGGCCUAUGGAGUGGGAAACUAUAGAGAGGUUAACCCAGCUCCUUACACAGUCGUCACCUUCCCCUUCCUGUUUGCUGUGAUGUUUGGAGACCUGGGCCAUGGUAUGAUCAUGGCUCUGUUUGCUCUCUGGAUGGUGCUGUAUGAGGACAACCGCAAACUGAAGCGCACAAGAAAUGAGAUCUGGAACACGUUCUUCGAGGGCCGUUACAUCAUCCUGAUGAUGGGCUUGUUCUCGGUCUAUACCGGCCUCAUCUACAACGACUGCUUUUCCAAGUCUCUCAACGUCUUUGGCUCUGGCUGGAACGUCAGCGCCAUGUUUACAUCUGGAAAUUGGACUUGGGACUCCACGCUCCGCACCAAUGCCAUUCUGACCCUUGAUCCCAUUGUCCCUGGGGUUUUCAAUGGACCCUACCCUUUGGGCAUUGACCCAAUUUGGAACUUGGCGACAAAUCGUCUGACCUUUCUGAACUCCUACAAGAUGAAGAUGUCUGUGAUUGUGGGUAUCAUUCACAUGAGCUUCGGGGUCAUCCUAGGUGUCUUCAACCACCUACACUUCAGAAAGAAGUUCAACCUGUAUUUAGUAUUCCUCCCGGAGCUGCUGUUCCUGCUGUGUCUGUUUGGCUACCUGGUCUUCAUGAUCAUCUACAAGUGGCUGGCCUUCUCUGCCCGUGACUCCCAGAUGGCCCCCAGCAUCCUCAUUCACUUCAUCAACAUGUUCCUCAUGCAGGGGGAUGGGGUGCCGCCCCUCUUCCCAGGACAGGUUGGGCUGCAGGUGUUUCUGGUGGUAAUUGCUCUACUAUCAGUGCCUGUCUUACUGCUGGGGAAACCAGUUUACCUCUACUUUCUGCACAACGGAGGAGCCAACCUCAUGGGAAUGUACAGGGGUUAUGAGCGUGUGCGGCGGCACAGCGAGGAAGAGCUUUCCCUGAUGAGGGCUUAUGACAUGGAGGAGGGCAGUGUCCACAAUGACCUCUCCACCAGCAGAGAGCAGCAGAAAGAGGAGUUUGACUUUGGGGAUGUGUUCCUGCACCAGUCUAUUCACACCAUAGAGUACUGCCUGGGCUGCAUCUCCAACACAGCCUCCUACCUGCGCCUCUGGGCUCUGAGUCUGGCACAUGCCCAGCUGUCGGAGGUGCUGUGGUCCAUGGUGAUGCGGGUGGGCCUGCGGAUGGACACCAGUCUGGGCAUCAUGUUUCUGGUGCCAGUGUUUGGGAUAUUCGCUGUGCUCACUGUGUCUAUCCUCCUGGUUAUGGAGGGACUGUCUGCCUUCCUCCAUGCUCUCAGGCUGCACUGGGUGGAGUUCCAAAAUAAGUUCUACAGUGGGACUGGAAUCAAGUUUGUUCCCUUUGCCUUCUCCCUCCUGCCCUCUAGCUUUGAACAUGAUGGCUUGCUGUGAAUGGGACACAGUGCUCCCGCCCUCCGAGGCAAACUGCCACAAUGUACCAGCAGGAUCCAGUGCUAUUGAGCUAGCCUGCGUACCAGUCUCUUUGUGCCAUCAUGCCACUCCUUUUCAUGCCAAACAUGAUCUACAAGUGGCUGGCCUUCUCUGCCCGCGACAUAUGAUGGCACAAAAAGAUUGGUACCCUGACUACUAUUGAGCCUCAUCGAUGUACAGUUUUUUAUACUAUUUGUUGUACUGACUGACAGCCUUACAUAUGUACAAACAAAUGUCAACUUAUCAAUUGAAUGAUAUUCUGGGUUACCAAAACUUUGCAAAGAAAAGCCUCAUUCAGUCUUGGUUGAAAAUGAAAAGUAUUUUUGGAUGAAUGUAGGAGCGAGCUGUACAUUUUAUUUUAUAGAAGUAAAGUUGGAAUGAGAGAUUAGCAUUUGAACGACUAUGACAGGCUUAAAAACUAUAGUGGUACAUACAUUCAAGAGAGAAUGUAUGCAUACUGUUGUGCUGAAUGUUAACAAAAUGUCCUAACACAUGUUGCCUAUGCCUCCAUUGCUUUGUGGGAGACUACUCCAAAAACGGUACAUUCCAUCGAUGGAAAUUGAACGUAUAGCUCAAGACAUCCUUUCACAGAGAUAGUUCUGCUGGUCAAGAGCCAUUUUAAUGACAUCAACAAUCCCUGAUUAGGAAUAAGGCAAGAAAAGCACGUACUGGACCAGUGCAGCGAUCAAUUCUUGCUGAAGCCUUUUCCUAUAUUCCCAUCCUGUAGCACCAUAGCAGGAGAAUGUCGUUUUUGCUGUUGGGUAAUGGCAUUGUACCUUCAAGAUGAAAAGAAAAGGGGUAGAAUUUAUUUUAUUGGAUUUUUAUAUAUAUAUAUAUAUAUAUAUAUAGUACCAGUCAAAAGUUAGGGUUUUUCUUUAUUUUUACAAUUUUCUACGUUGUAGAAAAU